AUGCUGGAUCAAACUAUAUGUUGUUGUGAACCACCGCACUAUUUCACAGUGACGAUUGACAGGCAAUAUGCUACGAUAGUUAUCGAUGCCUUGAAAAUGCGUUUAGUAGCUGAGCGCUUGCCGGCUACAUCAUGCCAAGCAUUUAUAUGUCCGACGAUGUCUGCUGACAGUGGUUGCGUUACGGUUAACAUCCCCAUCGGAUAUUACGAAGGAGGUUGCCGGUGGUUUAUAGAAAUGGCCAAAUUAUUCAGCGGAAAAGCUUAUGCAAAAACCAAUUGCACUUAUAAUACACGGCCAUUAGCAGAAUCAGGAUGGCUUCCCAUAUUUAUACCUGCAGAAUUUGUUGCAUCGACUGAAGAAAAAGUUGAAACAGAGCAAAAACCUGUUGUACAACCUCCGAUAGAUGCAGAUCACUAUGAUGAUGGCAUCGUCAUUUCCAAUGACCUAAACAAACACGUAAUUGACGAUGGGCUUGAAUUUCAAAGAAUUCUGAUUAUCAGUACGAUGACGGUCGUACUUGGCUUCAAUGUGGAGCAGCUACAACCAUCUGCUUUGUCCAAACAUUGUUUUACACAAAAUGUUGUCCCACAUGACAAAGCACUUCUGUGCACAUCGUCUCCGCCAGCAGAGCGUCUGUCGACAUUCGUUCCCCUUUCCAUCGAGCUGGUCGUUCAAAACGUUUUCCAGCUCGGUGGACUUUGA